AUACUAUAUGACGGUGAGUGUUCGAUAUGCCAAGUUGAAAUUUCACUUUUAAAAAGGUUACCAAGUCGUCAAUAUGUAGAUUAUGUGGAUAUUACUAAAGCGGAUUAUAAACCCGAACUGUAUCACGGUGUUACGUACGAACAGGCUAUGAAAGAAAUGCACGUCAUCUCCAAUGAUAAGGUUUACGUCAAAGCCGAUGCAAUUAGAAAGAUGUAUGAAGUUGUUGGGUUAAAAUGGUUAGCCGAUUUUUCAAGACGGCCGACCAUAGCUCCAUACUGUGACAAACUAUACAUCAAAUUUGCCAAGUAUCGUCUAGAA